AUAAUGGAUGAGCUCAAGUUGUUUCACAGAUGCAGACAUGAUGCUGAAAAUGAAGUUGCUGUCUUAUACUUUUUGCAUGGUCUUGCCGAUCACUUUGGGAGGUGGCUAGAUUUAAAGGAUUUUCUUGUUGAUAGAAACAUUUCCUUCUACUCUCACGAUCAACGUGGACAUGGAAAAACGGAGCUUGGCACCAGGGCUUACAUUAAAAACUUAGAUACUUUUGCUGAUGACACCAUAAAAGAGAUAGAAAAUGUUAAGAAGGAAAAACCAGAUACUCCCAUCAUCAUAAUGGGGCACAGUAUGGGCGGUCUGAUAGCUGUGAUGGUGGCCCUGAAACGUCCUGAUCUUAUUUCUGGUGCAUGUCUCUCGGCCCCUUGCCUCAAGAUACAUGAUAGUGUUUCACCAUUUAUGAAAAAUUUCGCUUGGGGUCUAUCUGGCUUGGCUCCGACAUUUUACAUGCCAUGGAAUUCACUUGAUAGAAAUAAAUUAACACCAAAUAUGGAACAACGAGAAAAGGAUGCCGCCGACCCUUUGCUAUGGCAUUAUGGAGUUAGAGCAGGAUUUGCUGUUGCCAUGUUUAAUGCUGUGGACGAAACUAAUGCCAAAUUUGACGAAUACUCUACUCCUACAUACAUAUUUCAUAGCGAGUUUGAUGAUGUUUGUGACUAUUCUGGAUCGCUAAAGUUAGCUGAGACAAAACCUGAUUUGGUAAAAAUGGUCCGCUAUGAAUAUCCCUACCACAGUUUACUUCAUCUCAUGCCUGAGGAUACAGAGAAAGUUAUGAAUGAUGUUUAUGAGAAAAUUGUAGAGCUAUCCACUGUUGAUAACAAAGGAGAGUGAACACUUUGACGUAAAAUUCCUUUCUUUAUAUAUCAGAUUUUGAUUCUUUGUUAUUCAGAAGUAGAAGAAACUUUAACACAAUUUUGGUAAUUAUUAUAAUGUAUUAUGUUGAUUGUUUUAGAUUCAGUGCUAUUUAAUGAUUUAAAUAUUUCAACCUGCGUAACACAAUUUGAACACGUGGCAAAUGGCAUUAAUUGAUUAUAUCCGAUGAUCAAUAGACUAACUAUAAAGUCUAUUUAUAGAUUUUUAAAUUCAGAGUUUUCCAGUAUAUUUCUAUGCAUGAGAGUUUCCAGCUAUGCUAAGAAAAUCUACGUAAAAUUCUAAAUAGUAGAGUACUACUGUAGGGAAUUGCUUUUUGUUCAAUGUACAAAAUAACAUAAACAUCUUUUGUAUCAUGCAGUAACAAAUUGUUUGAACCAUUUCAUGAUGUAGACUCCGAAAAUAGUACAUAUUAUUUGCAUAAUUCUGGAACCUCCUAUUAAUUUGCUCACAACAUGACAUUGAAACUAAUUUAUUCAUCGAACUGUUUAUUAUAAUGUACCUAAAUGCAUAUAUACUAAGUACUAAGUAGUUGGAGUUGUGAAUGUGAAUGCAUGAAACAGAAAGAUAUGCCUACCCUGUUGAGGGUGCCACUAAUAUGGUGUACUUUGUGCACGGAUACGGGGACCGGGCUGGUAGAUACCUGGAGUUUGCAGACUAUUUGAACAAACAUGGGAUAUCUUUCUACGCUCAUGAUAUGCUGGGUUUUGGAAAGAGCGGUCCGGUAAAUGGAAUGAUGGCUCAUUGUGAAAUAUUUGAUGAUUAUGUAGACGAAGUUAUAAACGAGAUACAUGCAAUAAAAACAAAGAAUCCACAGUAUAAGAAAGUGGUACUUUUGGGUCAUAGCAUGGGUGGUCUUGUAGCAUUUCGUGUUUCAAACAGGGUGCAACUUACUGGACUUGUGCUAUCGGCACCACUUCUUGAGGUCAACAGAAACGCAGCUCCUCUACUACUAUCGAUGGUAUCUGUUCUUGCCUACUUUGCACCCAAUCAGUACUUAUCAUUGGAUCUCUCCAAGCCGGAAUGGUUCAGUGGAGAUCCAGUCGUUCAGCAGGAAUCUAAGAAUGACAGGCACAUGUGGCACGGCAGUCUGCGGUUUGGACACGCCCUGAAGAUAAUGGAGGCAGCUGAAAAGAGUCGAGACCUGUGGAAACAUCACUACACCCGGACAGUAGUACUCCACUGCCCUGAUGACAUGUUGUGUAAGAUAGAGGGAUCACGUGCUCUCAGUGCUGCACGCCCUGACCUAGUCACCCUUCACGAGGUGCAGAAUUCCUGUCAUGGACUGUUAAAAGAUGUGUGGAAGGUACGGUCAAAGACGUACGCUUUAUUCCUCGACGCUAUUCAGGCGUUCUAGCUCACCACAAGCAUUACUGAUGUAUUAUGUGCAUUGUGAAAUGAAUAUGAAAGCUGCGGUUAUACAUAAAAAGGCCACAAAUCAGAACUCAAUGCACAUUUUUUGUUUAAUUAAACGUUUAUAUUGCUGAUGCAGAUGUAUUAUACAGAUUUAUUUAAAU